GUUCUUGGCUGCUUCCGGUCAGUCCUCAACUAAAUGUUGCACAGUAAACACUGGACAAAAACAUAACGCUUCACACUGAAGGCUAAAGCAGACGUGGGUCAUUUGAAGUCCUGUACGUGAUCAUGGCAGAAAUGGAGGACAUUGCUGACCGCUUGCCUGUUGAGGAGGAAGACGAGGGGUCCGAGAGAGAUGAAGAGGAGAGAGAAUUUGACUGGGUGGUGGACGAGGCUGAUGAACUCGAUGAGGAUGUAGUUCUUCUGGACACUGAAGAAGAGCCCUUUGAGUUGGACCAGCCAGCUGAGCGCAGUGGCCACAUAGCAGUGGUGGAUGGACACUGCAUGUAUGUUUGGGGAGGAUAUAAGAAUUCCCAGAGCUCUGGCUUCUUUGACUUAUACUUGCCAUGGAAUGAAAUCUGGAUAUACAACAUGGAGACAGAACGAUGGAAGAAGCAGAUGGCGGGGGGUAACCUGCAUGCAUCCAUGUCUGGCAGCUGUGGAGUGUGUGUGGACGGUGUCCUGUAUCUGUUUGGAGGCCACCAUGCCAGGGGAAACACUAACCGGGUUUUCCGGCUCCCUCUCCAAACACCUCUACUCUGCUGGGAGGAGAUGAAGGAUCUCAAGGGCCUGGCCCCGUCCUGCAAGGACAAACUGGGCUGCUGGGUUCACAAGAACAGGCUAGUAUUAUUUGGGGGCUACGGAUAUGUGGCACAAGGAGCUCACAGAGGGACAUUUGAAUACGAUGAAACUUCAUUCAUGGGAGAUAAUCCGGGGCGGGGCUGGAACAACCACAUUCACAUCCUGGAUCUGGAGACGUCCACCUGGAGCCAGCCAGUCACCAAGGGUAAUGCCCCCUCUCCCCGGGCAGCACAUGCCUGUGCCAAGGUGGGCAACCGAGGCUAUGUGUUUGGGGGGCGUUACAGGGAUUACCGUCUGAACGACUUGUACUACAUCGACAUGGAUUCCUGGGAGUGGCAUGAAAUGAGUGUUCCUCAGCAGGGUCCUGUGGGACGCUCAUGGCACUCCCUCACCCCCGUGUCACCUGACCACCUCUUCCUGUUCGGAGGAUUCACAACAUGUAGAGAGACACUGAGUGACGCUUGGCUGUACUGCGUCAGCAAGAACGAGUGGCAACAGUACAAGCACAAGCACACACAGAGCCCCAGGCUCUGGCACACGGCCUGUUCCGGUCCUGACGGGGAGGUGUUUGUGUUUGGCGGUUGUGCCAAUAACCUGCUGUCCCAUCAGCGAGCGGCUCACAGCAAAGAGUUGCUGGUGUUCACGGUUCAACCCAAGUCACUUGUCCGGUUCUGUAUGGAGGCAGCGCUGCAGCACAGAGAGUUGCUGGCUGGGUCCUGGGACUGCCUGCCUAAAUACCUGCUACACCGUCUCAAACAGAGGAUGGGAGGCAUCAACACACUGGGGUCAUAAGAAGCAUAUACCACCACGUUCUUUGGGAUGCCAGGGUGUGUGGACGGCCACGGCCUUGCUGCUAGCUGAACAAAGAGGACGGCUCACCCGAUCUUGUCAUGAGUGGGUUGGAAAAUCAAAGUAAAUUAGUGGGAAUGGUGUUGGCAGAUCCCUUAGGCCAGUCAGCAAACAUGGCAACGUUCAUUAUCCUCAUUUUGAGUGCUUGCUUUUGUGUGUAUAUAUGUGAAUUUGUCGUGCCAGUGUUUGAAAAUGUAUAUAUAUUUUUUAAAAGUGAAAAAUGUUCAGUUUGACCAUGUUAGUCAGAAGAGGCUCGCGUAGCAUUUUGUCUGUUUUUAAUCAGGUAAUAUUAAUACCAGUUACAUUGAAGUUUAAAAUGUUUAAUUUAGAAUCAAGAAAAUAUAAACUCGGCAAUUAUGCCAAAUCAGA